GGUAAAGGAGGACGUUUUUUUUUUUCCAAGAGGAGAGACCCCCCCCUUACAUAAAUGUUUGCGUGCCGUUAGUGCUCCCGGUGGACCAGCCGUCUCCCGCUCAAUAGGCUGCGGAGUCUCACGCGCAGAAGGACGCGUCUCACGAGCGGAGACGGACCUGGACAUCGUCUCCUGCGCACGUCGCAUGCACGCACCGUCGUACGAGCGGACCUCACCCCCCCUCACCCACCCAACAACCCUCUCACCCGCCACUAUCUGAUGACUCCCCGGCGCAGAGGUGGACGUGGUACGGAACCGACUGUAGCAGCAGCAUCCUCAUCAUCCUCGACUCCACCACUGGCACCAUCACCCUCCUCUUCCUCACCACCAACACCACCAACAGCAUCAUCAUGUCCUCGUCGUCGCGCAAGAUCUCGUCCGAGUCGUUCAGCAGCUCGGUGGGCUCGGACUGCGGGCUCGAAAGCCCCGGCGGAGACGCAGGGGACGGCGGGCUCGACCCGGCGGAGGAGCCUCGGGGCUGCCCCUUCUCCUCCCUGCACUCGUCCCGCAGAGCGGUGCUCUGGAACGGCCGCGGCCCGGGCCCGUGCCCGGCGGGCGAGGAGCAGAGGCAGGGGCCCGGAGGUCCCCACAAGAGGGUCACCAGGAGGAGACGCGUGAACCUGGACUCGCUGGGGGAGAGCCUGAGGAGACUGACCUCACCCACGACGCAGACUGUUCAGGAGGCUCUGCAGCGAACUCUACAGUUCUACAGACAACAAGAGAUCAGGUGUCAGGAAGUUGGCAAUGAGGAGAGGCAAAGAGAGAGGAGAGAAGAAAAGUGCCCCUUUCUAGAAAAUUCUGGUUCAGAAGAAGAUGUCCUACAAAUCCUCCAGUACAUGGCCACCAUACUGGGAGUGCCCUUCUGCGAGCUGCGAGAACAUUUCGGAGAGGAGUUCUUUGGCCUCUGCUUUGAAGAAAAUGAACGAGUGCUUCGGGCUGUGGGAGGCAACCUCCAAGACUUCUUCAAUGGCUUUGACGCCAUUUUGGAACACAUUCGCACCUCCACGGGGCGCCGCGCCUCGUCUGAGAGCCCCUCCUUUCAGUGCAAGGACCCCUACGAGGAGGACAAAGGCAGAAGAAAAUUGGAUAAAGUUGGCAAGCCAGGAGAAAGCGAUGGAAGAGGAAACAUUUGGGUCCUUCACUGUUUCAACCCGGCCUCUGUCGUUGGCUUGGUCAUGCCGGGGUUCAUCAGAGCUGUGGCCCGCCGGAUCUUCCAUUCGGAAGUUGAGGUGGAAGAGGUGCCCCCUCUGACUCCCCUAUUGCCAAAUGAAGAUGCAGAACACGUCGACGGAGGCCCCACGGCGACCACCCCGACUGCGUCCCCCGCUGCCACGCCCUCCCCGUCCCCUCCCUCUCCUUUUCCAACUUCUGUUCCCACAGUUUGCUUGUCCUUCCAAAUCCAGGAGACGAGCCCCCCUUGUCUACCGCCCGUCCCAAAUGCUGCCUCAGUGAGCACCAGUCGGCCCCCUCUUUCACUCUCCACCAACCCCAGUGAUCUGUGCAUCGGCCUGGCCACGUUUUGCCGUGCCUUUCCAUUUCACCUGGUCCUGGGGCCCCGCAUGGAGCUGCUGCAGCUGGGGGAAGGGUUGAGGAAACAGGCUCGCAUUGAGCCUCACCGGACCCUCUUGUUCAGGGACUUUUUUGAGAUUGUCUCACCCAAGAUGGAGCCGUCGUUCAAGGGCAUCCUGCUAAGGCUCGCAUCCCCGUUUACCAUCCGCACCAAGCCUGAUACCACGCAGUCUGGCACCAACGAGAAGGUUAUGGAGUUGAAGGGUCAGAUGAUCCACGUGCCCGAGUCCUGCUCCCUGAUGUUUCUGGGUUCUCCGCGUGUUGAUAAACUGGAGGAGCUCAUGGGCCGAGGCCUCUACCUGUCGGACAUCCCCAUCCACGAUGCCACACGGGACGUGAUCCUGGUGGGGGAGCAGGCCAAGGCCCAGGAUGGCCUGAAGAAGAGAAUGGACAAACUUAAGGCCACAUUAGAGCGGACUCACCAGGCACUGGAGGAGGAAAAGAGGAGAACCGUGGAUCUCCUCUAUUCCAUAUUUCCAGGCGAUGUGGCACAGAAACUCUGGCAGGGUGAGCCAGUGCCCGCUCGCAAAUUUGAUGAUGUGACCAUGCUGUUCUCAGACAUCGUGGGUUUUACUGCUGUGUGUGCCCAGUGUACACCUAUGCAGGUCAUCUCCAUGCUGAACGAGCUUUACACACGCUUUGACUACCAGUGUGGCAUUCUGGAUGUUUAUAAGAUCGAAACAAUAGGCGAUGCUUACUGCGUGGCAGGAGGACUUCACAAGAAGGUUGAUAGUCAUGCAAAGCCAAUUGCACACAUGGCUCUGAAGAUGAUGGAACUUUCUGAGGAGGUGCUGACACCGGAUGAGAAACCUAUCAAGCUACGGAUAGGGAUCCACACAGGUUCGGUCCUGGCGGGCGUGGUCGGGGUUAAGAUGCCCCGUUAUUGCCUGUUUGGGAACAACGUGACGCUGGCCAGUAAGUUUGAAUCGGGGAGCCAUCCGAGGUGCAUCAACGUUAGUCCCACAACUCACCAGUUGCUGAAAGACGACCGCUCUUUUUCCUUCGUCCCUCGCUCACGGCUGGAGCUCCCGGAUAAUUUCCCCAAAGAGAUCCAAGGGACGUGUUAUUUCCUGGAGGCGGGGACGUCUCACAGCCACGCCUCGUUGACCAGCUCUCGCUCCGCUCCGCCGGCCUCUAUGAGGAAAGUCUCCUACAGCAUUGGGACCAUGUUUCUAAGAGAAACAAGUCUGUAGGUCCCGUCGGCAGACUAGCAUACACAGUUAUUCAUCGUGUGAGAGGCUGGAGGUGAACCUGUGCAACAUGCAGGAUAUGGAUCACAUGGAUCUUGGGAUAUGCAAUGCAUUGUUUUGAAACUUGGAUUCAGACCUCCGAGAUGGCCUAUAUGACUGAAACUUAAAGGAAAUGCUCUCAUUAUCGGUGAGAAAAGAACAACAUGCCCUUGUUUUCUCUGAGCGAUGGAGGUGUGGCUGAAGAGACUGGAGGAUCAGCAACCGUGCGAGUCUGGCGUGGACCCUUCCCCAAGGAGGUGUACUGAUUGGGUCAAUUAGCAGAGAAACCUUAACACAAAACAUGGUGAACCAGCUGGAUUCCUCGGCUCUCUUCGCUGGUCCUCUUUCACAAACACCACCCUGACACGGGUCCACAGACGACAACGCUAGAAUAAAAACCCAGAGAGACUCUAUUUAUGGGAUCACGGCAACCGAAAAGUGAAAACUUUCUGCCAACAGAGCGGACGCAGAGGAAUUCGGAUGUAUGGACUCUGAGAACGUUGUCACACCUGUUUGCGGUGCAUCGUGGCCUCUUGCAGAGCAAAGACCACUAGUGAGGACAAUGCAGAUGCCCCUUUCAACUGUCUGUCAAUCAUGUCAUGCUCCGCCAAACACACUUCUGCUCGUUACAUGACCCGACUGGUUGGUCGGUGUGGGGAACCCGCGAUGAGAGGCGUAAACAAGGUUCGAAAAAAAAGGGGGGGUCGUCUAAAGACAAACGCCAAAAACAAUUACCAAGUUGAUCUUGGAACCUUUUCUGCUUCUGACCCCCAGCAAACUAUAACCAACAACAAUCCAGCCAUUUUAUUGCAGGUAACAUGUUGAGGACUGAAAAUUAUUCCCAGCUCAGUGCCUUUUUACUGCUCGAGUCAGGACAAGAUAUUGUUUGAAUAUUUGAAAAGCGAAACAAAAGGAGCGCUUUGUUUAUCUUAUGCUUUGACUUGUUACAAGACAUCCUUUAUGAACACUGGAGGGAAAUUUGUGUGCUAAAGGCCACAUUCGGCGCAGCCUUGUUGCAAGUAACCUUAUCGGACCAAACCGUCAGGAGUCCCGACUAGUUGCAUCUUUCAUUUUUAACUGGUAAGAUAAAUCAAGCGCUUCUCAAAUAGCUCAAAUAUUUGAAAAUCUAUUAAUCUGUUUCUCUGUCCAGUCAACCAAUAAUAUAUAGUACUGAUAAUAUCGUACUAUACUUGUACACAUUGUCACAGAACGCAUGCUUGACACAGAUCACAUUUACAUACAUUAACUUUUUUUAUUGCAUAGUUUUGUACUACGUGGAUAUCAAAUUUUCCCCAUGCAAAUUAGGACUCUUUAGUUUGUUGGUAGAAUGAAUAUGAUUUAAUCAGUGGAAUACUCAGGCCCUCCGAAGACUUCUGUGUAGCUCAACAAACAGACAUAGGAAAAUAACUUUUGUCUGAGAGAAAUGUCAUUAAUCUGACUUAUUUGAACAAUUACCUAAUUAAACUUGCACUACAUUGCUGUCCUUGUUUUUGUAAAUGUGACAUAGUUAAAUAUACAUUUUGCAUUUAGUUCAUAACCAAUUGAAUAGCUGGUUGUCACAUGUCCACUGAGAAGAAUUAAUUAGUUAGCGGUAUUGAUAUUAUUAAUAAAUGAAAUGCUCUAAUAUCAAACCAAGUAAAUAUAACGUUCGUCAACAUUAUGUCCUAAUUCUAACCUAUUAAUGACAAAAUAAUUCUGAAAUGAUCUAGCUGGUUUAAAUUGAAAUGAGUGGUAGUUCCUGUGCCUGCUUACCAUCUUAGUGUAAAGAGAAGUAAAACUUUUUAACCUUGACUAAGAAGGGAAAUGGAAUUUCUCUCCAUUUAGCCACCAAACGAUACAGUGGUUGCUCAAACUCUAAUAGAUCAGAUAAGAUGAUGCCAAAUACAUUCUUAGUCAACAACAGCACUAGGCACAUUUUUCUAAGGCAAAGGAUUUGUUUCCCGCUGUCUGCUGUGUACGUUCAGAUGUUAAAGGCAGGAUCAGCACAUUUUGACAUUUGACGUUUGACUCAGUGGCCUUCAAGCGGGAACAUAUGCUGCCGUUAAUAAGUAAAGGAUAGCUCGUGGAAAAACACUUUGGGAGAUGAAAACUUAAGCCCAUGUGGUCAAAAGAUUCACCCGCCAAAGGGCUUUGUUGCCUCCACCUGAGAUUGCCGCCAGCAUCAGAAAGCCGUGUGCCGUAUAGGAAGAAAGGAUGGGAGGAGGGGGAUGUAGAGACUGCAUUUCGACCUGCUAGUGUUUGAAUCAAAGAUGUUUUCAAUGUGUGAAAUACUUUGGUUAAAUGUUAUUAUUGUCACACAUAGUUAGAACAACAGUUUCCCUCAGAUUCCCCGACAGAUUAACUACCAGAAAACACUUUUCUAUAAAAGGUCCUCAAAAUGUUUUGGCAAUGAACAUAUUUUCCAUUCACGUCAUUGUUCUUCAAAACAAAAAUAACAAUAACCUACUUUCAAAAAAAUGUCCUGUUACUUUCAAUAAACAGUCUAGACAACUACUGUAUGACAUCGUACCACAGAUCCCAAUGUUUGAAGAAUUGGGAGCAUAGUUUUUAGCCUAAAAAUAUCAGGAACACAAUGAAAUGUGUAUUAACUAUGAACUAGGUGCCAUAGUUACAAUGAAAUGUGUAUUAACUAUGAACUAGGUGCCAUAGUUACAAUGAAAUGUGUAUUAACUAUGAACUAGGUGCCAUACUUAGGUUCAGCCAUGUAAUCUAAAGCUGAGCAAUUUGAAAGACAACUCAAAAUUUAAGUCAGCAUAUGCUUUUUUUUGUGCCACAUCUGCUUAGAAAGCAGCAUAAGAUUUUAUCGCUUUCUUGGAAACAAAAAGACCUGAAUCUUCUCGUGAUGUCACAGAGAACCAAAAAAAACUACCUGGGACAUCAGUGAGACACACAGAGUGUAUAUGCACACAUCAGUGGUUCAGAUGAUUAGCACUUUGACAUUUCUCUUUAUAGUAAUAUCGACAUGCCUGCCUAAUAAAAUUCCAAUGGGUUCAAUAAAAUUGCCAAACACACCAGCGAACGGUUCAUCUUUUAACAAAAACACGUAAGAAGUUUCUGAGUCUUGAAGUCCUGGGAUAGUGGAUACAGCUGAGCCUCAUUUUUUGCCCUGAUGGUAAAGCAAAUGAGUAAAAGACGUAAAGAACUCUUUCCGCAUGAGCUGCUAUUUUUUGCUAGUCGGUUUUAGCAACAGCUUGUCGGGAAUCGAUUCACAGCUGUUUGCAAGUACAUUUUAAACCGAUAAAAAGUCAAAUCAUGGACAGACGGCGGGCUCAGAAAUCGUAUUUCAGCCAAUGUGUUGUACCUCCUUUGCUCUCCCUUUGGACUGUUUACCUGCAUUCAAAGACUGUUUGAACGUGACUAGUCAGUACUACGCAGAGAAAUGCACCGACACUAUUUUAGUAUCGUGCCCAGCAGAAAAAAAGAUUUAGGGGUCCCAUAAUGUAGGCAAACCACUGUUAAGUGUAUUUGACAGCUUCCGCAAUCUCUGACUGCCAUCAUUUUCUACGAUGCAAAUGUGCAUUUAUGUGUCCUGAAGGAAUAAAUUGUAGCAAACAUCUAGAGCGGGUGUCCUUCGCAUACAACUUCAGCAGUGCCGGAAUUCUGUAUCUUGGCUAAAUAAAGGACAUCGCACCAGCGUUACACCCACGCAACUUGUGUCCACCCCUCAUGUCUUCAAGUAUGUGAGUUCUCAGCGUAAUAUUAAACGUUUGAUGCUGUUAUGAAGCGCUGGGGUUGCAGGCACUUGUUUUCCACCUUGUUGUUGGUAAUGGACCGUUAGACUGCAGUGCAUACUGUAGGUGUACAAACAUUUGUUAAUCAAGCCUAUUGUAACAAAUCUGUACAAUUUAGAUCUAUUUAAUAUAUAAAAAUAUGGACAUUGUUAUAAAAUCUGCUGAUUUUUUUGGGGGAGGGGCUAUAAUUCACAAAAUGAUUUCGACAUAAUUACAUGUUGCACUGCUUUGUUGUACGUUUUCUAUUUCAGAUUCUUUGUGUUAGUACAUGUGCCAUCUAAAGCCAGGCUGGGUUCCCAACAUGCCAGUGUCCUUCCAUCCCUCAAGUAUUUUUAUUUCAAGAAUUUAGAAAUAAAAUGUAGAUUUUUCCAUUGCCACUAUAUUCUUCUUUUUUUGUUACUCCUCAAAUUUUAAAUGGAUUUCUGAAGCGUCCAAAUGAGCGUGACACUGUCAUUGUCAUUGAAAGAGACAUUUGCUUAACGUGUGUUUUUUUUUUGCAGGACUUUGUUUUAAACUCUCUUGUUGCCAACAUCCACUCCCCCCCCCCCCCCCAUUGACUUGCAGCGGAGUGGGUCCCGGAGUGGGAAACUGGUUCCUAUUCAACAUUUGCCUGGUUUUAACAGCAGAAGCCAACAUGGUGGCCACUUGCUAUCCACGUCCAGGGUUUACAAAAAGAUCCCGGCCCCCUUAAGGACGCAUGUUAUCCAUCUCCAAUCUGUAAAGCUUCACCCACAUGAGAAUAGUAGCUGCCAUAACAUUUGUUCCCAAGCUUGACGUCAAGACUAAUAUUAUGAUUACGACAUUUCACUGGGACCUCCCUCAGGUGUCUCCUUGGAAACCAGUGGUGGACGUCAAAGUGUUAAAAAAAUGGGACGAUGUUUGGUACUUUGAUUUCAUGUUCUAAACUUGCAGAGGCGACCUUGGGCAUGAACCAUGUUUGUUUCUGUUGUUGGAGUCACCUGCGUAUGUGGAAGAGGCUUGAUGACAGCUGUUUGCUUAUGACUGACAUUAGGGCACAUCUUUUGUCUUAUAUGAUGUAAAUAAAAUAAAAAAAACACCAAGUAUCUUUAAUAAGUAGGAAAGACUGUGACUGUUUAUCCGUGCAUCUACACAUUUGUAAAUGACAAUAAAAAUGUCGGAAAAC